AUGCCUGAGGAUAACCCUGUCGAAGGCAAUGAUCUUGCAGAGGCCUACAAAGUAAUCGCAAGGGGCGAGCAGACCGCAAGCGCCUUGGAAGCCAACUUAACCAACCUGGAAUCAAAGCUUGAUGCUAUCCUCGCAGCAUUUGAAUCACAAACCGAGGCUGUUUCUAAAGCAGCGGAGUCUUCAAAUGGUUCGGAUAACAAAUCAAGUGCAACCGACACUUCAAACGAAAAGGAAGAUACUGAAGACGCUUCGAAAGGCAUGGAUACUGCACAAUAG